AGAGGUUAUUUCUAUUAAGAAUAAACAGAUGAUUAAUAAUUGAUACUAUAUUGUUAAUAAUUAGCAGAUUAUGUCAUAUGAGAGGCCACAUUUUCUUUCUGUAUAAAUAGCAUUUAAUUCAGUAGACGGCUGCUCCAUUCUCUUUCUGGCAUCACUGCCAUACUGUACUGCACCAUCCAUAAUGGCAUUCAAUGGAACCUGGCGGGUCUAUGCUCAAGAGAACUAUGAAGAGUUUCUGAAAGCUCUUGCAUUGGCAGAUGACCUCAUCAAAGUUGCCAAAGACAUUAAGCCUGUUAUUGAAAUACAACAAAAUGGAAACAACUUUGUUGUGACAUCAAAAACACCUAAGCAGUCUGUAACAAAUUCAUUUACUCUGGGGAAAGAGGCUGAUAUCACUACUAUGGAUGGCAAAAAACUAAAGUGCACGGUUAACAUGAUAGGUGGGAAGCUUGUGUGCAAAACAGAAACAUUCUCCCAUGAACAGGAAAUUAAAGGAAAUGAAAUGGUGGAGACUAUGACUGUUGGUUCAGCAACACUCAUCAGAAGAAGCAAGAAGGAAUAAACAAUAAGAAGAAAGAUGCAUUUUAUUUUGGACAUUUUUACAUUCCAGAAUAAAGUGCAUUUGCCAUCAGUUGUGAAAUUUGUUAUUUUGAAAAAAUGCAAUGGAAAAUAAAGAAAUAGGAUCUCUGCUUUC